GGUUCAGUGCUUAUAUUACAGAUACCUUUCGACAUUAAACCCAACCGAGGUAGGACUAGGCCAUUUUAAUGUCUCAGAGUGUUGCAGCAGACUUAUUUUACAUUUUCAAAUGUUGCAGUGCCUUACAAGACUUGCCUAGUGAUGUUGGUGAAGCGAUGGCAAGUUUGAUUUAUGCUGCCUCAAGAUGUGGUGAACUGCCAGAUCUACCCCGAAUACGUUGCCUGUUCAAAGAGAGAUAUGGAUCAGAAUUUGACAUUACCAGCGCUGAACUGCGGCAUGGGAAUCUUGUGAAUCCUCAGUUGAAAGAGAAGCUAGGCAUAACUCGGAUUCCAGACGAGGUGAAACAAGAGCUGAUAGGAGAUAUAGUUACCAAGGCCAAUAUCCGUCUGGCCCUCCAGGAUGUCCAAGACACGAUACACCAGAACUAUAGCUUCCCAGACAAAAGUUUCAAGUAUGAGCAGAAAGCUGAUGGGAUUCAAAUACAAGUUCCAAAAUCGGAGAUGGGGAGGAAACCUGAUGGGAUUUUUUGUUCUUUGUCAAAAGGUAAACUUUCGGUGGCCACUGCAUUCCCUUCUUAUAUUGGCUCAAAUAAUGGUUCAGGUAGCUCAGGCCCUAUGACUGAUUUAGCCAGAAAAGGCUCAAAUGGGAAAAGAGAUGGUUCCAAGAGGUUGAUGAAGUCAAAAUGCCAAACGGAAGCUCUCCCUUACUCCAGCCAUGUCCACCCCAAGUUUCCGGAAUAUGAUGAUGUGGUGGCCAAACUUGGCCGUCUCAAGGCAGAACAUAGUAGGCGUAAGACCUUUGCAUUUUCUGACAUUUUCGAGGAGGAUGUAGCAAUGGGAUAUCUCAAAUACGUUAGGUCAAAAGUGAAGUUUAGGUUGGAGUCGGGUGAAUGA